UUUAUUAUUUUAUUUUUGAGCAAUACAAUGAAUUGGCAGUAAUUUUUUCCCAAUUCCGAAAGAACGAGUCAAUGCCAUGGUCAGAAGGCAGGAUUUUGUGUUCGCGAUUCCAUUCUAGUUUAUACCUUAAAUUCAAUACAUAAUACAGAAUCGAGUAUUGUAAUGAGGAGAUUCCACCGUUUCUGCAUCUUCUUGUUCCUCACCUCCAUCAAUUUUUGGUUCCUGUGCGCUGGUAAAACAAGUGAAGUUUGCAUAUCUCCCGGUGGUCGAUUCCCCCCAUUUUCAAAUGUAGGCAAACCCCCCACGAAAGCAAGAAAAGGUCCGAGAGAUCUUACACUUUGUAGGGUUUUCCGCAAAGAGACGUGCUGUGAUGCAACUCAGACGCAUCCUGCUUUGCUGUCCAUCAGGAGACUUGCAUCGUCUGGAGAAGCAAGCCAAGAGUGCUUGAAUUUAUGGGAAUUCUUGGAAUGUUCUAUCUGCGAUCCAAGGGUGGGGGUACAGCGAGGACCUCCUAACAUCUGUGCAUCAUUUUGUGAUAGGAUUUAUGAAGCAUGUUCAACAGCAUACUUUGCUAUGGAUGGAAAAACACAGGUACUAGCACCAUGCGGCCAAGGUGACUUUGUUUGUGGUAGAGCUUCAGAGUGGGUCUCUAAUGGAACUGAGCUCUGCAAUGCUGCAGGUUUCUCUGUCAAGCCUCUCGAUGAACCUGGUGAAUUUCCAUGCUAUGGUGGGAAGGGUAGCCUAGAUUAUAUUGCAAAUUCCUGGAAAUCUUCACGUUCUGAGAUUGUGCGUGGAGAACAGAACACUGAGGUUGUCCAAGAUUUUAUGCAAUUGAUUGUUGAUAUGCCAUUGAGUGAGAGAAUUUCUUGGGCUGUUGGAGGAAUGGUGCUUACAGCUGGACUUCUGUUUGCAAGUAGAAGGAAGAGCAACGGUCAACGUCAGAAGCAAGCAGCUAUCCAGCGUACUGGAAGGAGACUAGGAACUAGGAUAAGCCCUCCUGCAUCCCCUGUUAGCCACGGGAACAGAAAGAAUGUCGGAAAAUGAGUGCCAAGCAUAUGUGCAUAUUACGCCCCCUUUGUUACAGGCGAGUUGCCAGUGCCACCACCCUCUCGGUUUUGAAGCAACUGUAUUCUGAAGCAGGAUGUUUUCGAACAGCCAGACCGUAUACUUGAAUGACCUCUGGUGUAAUAUGGUGAGCUUUGCUCAGUAGAUAAUGUCUUGUGCUGUUGUAAACCACACAAUCACCACCAACAGGAAAUUAUGAUUCCUCUUGUGCAAUAUGACUAUUUUAUGAUAGCA